ACGAUCGAGGAUGAACCACGAUAUCAUAACUUGCUUGGCCCGAAUGUUUCGCCCCAGCCCAUUUUCCCUGCAGUACCCAAAACCCUCGUUCCUCUUUUUUCUUUCUUCUUCUUCUUCUUCUCUCUCUCUCUCAACAGUAGCACUCGAUCAAUAUAUUGGAAGCCAUAGCCAGCACACGCUCUGAUUCAUGGCUUUUAGAUGAGAAAAUCCACGCCCCUUUUCACUCUUCUCCAUCACAUUCACAUUCACAAUCACAAUCACAAACACAAACACAAACAAAAUCUUCUCCUCAAACCCUUGUCUUCAAUUGCUUCUCUUCCCGAACAACCCCACCUACCCGAUCUCCCUUCCCAGAUCUUCACCAUCCUAUCUCGCCCCCAAUGGCGAAAAGAUCCAUCUUUUAAUACCUUAAUCCCCUUUCUAACCCCUACCCACCUUUCUUCCCUCUUCAACCUCAACCUCGACCCUCUCACUGCCUUGAACUUCUUCAGAUGGAUCCACCGCAAACACGGCUUCAACCACACCGUUCGUUCCUACGAGCCCUUGCUCCUUAUUCUUGUGCGUAAUGGGAUGCUUCGUGCUGCCGAGAAUGUUCGAAAUUCCAUGAUCAAGUCCUGUGCUUACCCCCACGAUGCAAGGUUUGUGUUUAAUCUUUUGCGGCGAAUGAACACGACUUGUGAUGACCAACUUGCGUUUAAGCUUUCUCUUACUUCGUAUAACAGGCUUCUAAUGUGCUUGUCACGUUUCGUUAUGAUUGAUGAAUUGAAUAGUUUGUAUAAGGAGAUGUUGGAUGGUAGGAUUUUCCCUAACUUGAUAACGUUUAAUACAAUGUUAAAUGCUUAUUGCAAGUUUGGGAACAUAGUUGUGGCAAAACUUUAUUUUACCAAGUUACUAAAAGGGGGUUUUAGUCCUGAUGGAUUUACAUAUACUUCACUGAUAUUGGGUUACUGUAAAAAUCAAGAUGUGGAGAACGCUUAUAGAGUGUUUGAGCUUAUCCCUCAGAGGGGAUGCAGGAGGAAUGCAGUUUCAUAUGCAAAUCUUAUACAUGGUCUUUGUGAAGCUGGGCGGCUUGAUGAGGCUCUCAAGUUGUUCUUGCAAAUGAAGGAGGAUAAUUGUUUUCCCACGGUUCGAACUUAUACCAUUCUCAUAGGUGCGUUCUGUGAGGUAGGUAAGGAGGUGGAAGCUCUGAAUUUUUUCGAGGAGAUGGUGGAAAGAGGUUGUGAGCCUAAUGUUUAUACUUACACUGUGUUGAUUGACUACUUCUGCAAGGAGAGCAGGCUGGAUGAGGGGAUGAAAAUGUUGAAUAAAAUGCUGGAGAAAGGCUUGGCUUCUAGUGUUGUACCAUACAAUGCCUUGAUUGCUGGGUAUUGUAAACGGGGAAUGAUGGAGGACGCCAUUGGUGUUUUGGGUCUGAUGGAGUUGAAUAAAGUUUGUCCAGAUGCUCGUACUUAUAAUGAACUGAUUUGUGGAUUUUGUCGGAGGAAAAGCAUGGACAGGGCAAUGGCGCUGCUUAAUAAAAUGUUUGAAAGUAAGCUGUCACCCAACCUCAUUACUUACAACACAUUGAUCCAUGGGCUGUGUAAAGCAGGUGUAGUAGAUAGCGCUUGUCGGCUGUAUCAUUUGAUGAUUAAAGAUGGCUUCAGUCCUGACCAUUGGACUUUUAGUGCUUUUAUAGACUGCCUCUGUAGAAUGGGCAGUGUUGCAAAAGCAUAUCAGAUCUUUGAGUCCCUCAAGGAAAAGCACGUCGAAGCAAAUGAACUUAUAUAUACAGCCUUGAUCGAUGGAUACUGCAAAGCUGGUAAAAUUGAAGAUGCCCAUUUAUUGUUCAAAAGGAUGCUUGCCGAGGAUUGUUUGCCAAACUCAAUCACGUUCAAUGUAUUGAUAGAUGGUUUGCGCAAAGAAGGGAAAAUGCCAGAUGCAAUGUUGUUGGUGGAUGACAUGGUAAAGUAUGAUGUGAAGCCCACUAUUCACACAUACACAAUUCUCAUUGAGGAAAUGUUGAAGGAAAGCAACUUUGACCGUGCUAAUAGGAUUCUCAAACAAAUGAUUUCAUCUGGAUAUCAGCCUAACGUGGUCACAUAUACUGCAUUUAUUAAGGCAUAUUGCAGCCAAGGAAGAUUGCAGGAAGCUGAAGAGAUUUUGGUCAAGAUUAAAAAAGAAGGCGUAUUGCUUGAUUCCUUGAUCUAUAAUUUAUUAAUUAAUGCAUACGGAUGUAUGGGACUACUAGAUAGUGCAUUUGGUGUUCUCAAACGCAUGUUUAAUACUGGUUGUGAGCCUUCUCGACAAACAUAUUCCAUCCUAAUGAAGCAUCUAAUGAAUGAAAAACAUAAAAAGGAAGGAAGCAAUCCUGUGGGACAUGAUUUAAGUUCAACUAAUAUCUCAGUUGAUGAUGCAGAUAUAUGGAAAAUAAUUGAUAUUGAUAUCACAAAUGUGCUCUUCGAGAAAAUGGUGGAAUAUGGCUGUGUUCCUAAUGUAGACACUUACAGCAAGCUUAUUAAAGGACUUUGCAAAGUGGAACACUUGGACAUGGCUUUCAGAUUGUUAAAUCAUAUGAGAGAAAGUGGAAUCUCUCCCUCUGAAAAUAUUCAUAAUUCUCUUCUAAGUGGUUGCUGCAAGUUGGGAAUGUAUAUGGAAGCUGUGAGUUUGUUGGACUCUAUGAUGGAGUGUAGUCAUUUACCACAUCUAGAAUCCUUUAAGCUUCUCAUUUGUGGGCUAUAUGGACAAGGGAACAAAGAGAAGGCUGAAGCUGUUUUUUGUAGUUUGCUAGGCUGUGGGUAUAAUUACGAUGAAAUGGCUUGGAAAGUUCUAAUUGACGGCUUAGCUAAGAGGGGAUAUGUUGAUCAAUGCUUAGAAUUACUGAAUCUUAUGGAGAAGAAUGGUUGCCAUUUACAUUCUGAGACAUACUCUAUGUUAAUUCGGGAACUGAAUGGAAAUUAACACGACGAUUAUUUAUUUUGCCCUGGAAUGGAACAGGGGAAAAGAGGCUUCCCAUUGAUUUUCUUUGUUGAUGACUCUGGCUAAAGUUGUACAGAUAGUCAGAUAGAACACCUGAAAUUUUGUAAUACAUUUUGAAUGAACUUACUCUGUCUCAGCAAGUGAGCUGCGAGCAGCUCUUUUCUACAAAUGCAAUAAUACUUCAGAGUCGCAGCCAAGUGUAACUGUGACAAUCAUACAGGUUGAGAGCGAACAGCAGCUGAUGAAGAGGCAAGUGACCAUUUAAAUUCUUACUUACAUUGACUGCAUUCCUUUAUUAGUUUCACCUAAAGCCUCAAUAUAGAUAUGUAAUUUCACAGUUUAUCUUAGACAUAUUGAUGCAUUAUUUUUGUGUCAAUAAUUCAUCUUGCAUUAUCUUUCUUGCUACUUUACUAGAAUCAACUUCUGCAUUUCAAAUUUCUAUUAAAUAUGAAUUUUUUUUAAUUAUUA